AUGACCGAGAAGGUGAUUACCCUCGGCAAGAAGGGAUCUCUGCAUCACCGCAGACAGGCCGCGGCGCUGCUAACCGACAAAGAGGCGGUGCGCAAAGUGUUCGACGAGCUUGCGGAUAGAUACGGCGACCGCGAAGGUGGAUACACGCGCUCGUACAAGCUGGGCAAGCGUAAGGGAGAUGCCGCCGACAUGGCGAUGGUGGAGCUGGUGAGCUAG